AUGUUCAUGUCCAGCGUGUACAUCCUCACUCUGUUGCAAGUGUGCCUUGUCUUUGGAGAACUGGUAGCUUUGACAGAAAUCUCUCCGGAAAAUGCCACUGUUCAGCAACAGAUUGUGGAUUUGCACAAUGCCUUUAGGAGAGCAGUUGAACCUACAGCUAGCAACAUGCUGAUGAUGAGCUGGAGCGAGGAGGUGGCAGCCAGCGCUCAGAAGUGGGUGAGCCAGUGUGCCCUGCGCCACGGCCCACCCAGCAGCCGCAUGGUCUGGGACUAUCAAUGUGGAGAGAACCUGUUUCUGUCUGAUAGCAUAAUGGCUUGGAGUGAUGUCGUCGGGGCCUGGCACAGCGAAGUCAAAAAUUACCAGUAUCCCAGUGGAUCCAAAAAUGGCGGACAGAUCGGUCAUUAUACACAGGUUGUGUGGUAUGGAUCUUAUAAGGUGGGAUGUGGAGUUGCCGCCUGUGAGAACUCAAUAUACUUCUACGGAUGCCAGUAUUUUCGAGCAGGGAACUUCCGAGGGGUUCCGCCGUACACGGCUGGCCCUCCCUGCGGUGAAUGCCCGAACAACUGCGAGGACAAGCUGUGCACAAACCCAUGCCCCUAUACUGACAAAUAUAGGAACUGCCCCCAGAUGAUGCAAGAGGGAGGCUGUGGCAAUACCUUUGUGAAGGCCUGGUGCCCAGCAUUGUGUGAAUGCCAGAACAAAAUCAAACCGGUAGCAAGAAAGUGA